UAAAUAAUCGAACACAUUUAGGAAUACGUGUCGAAAAGAAUGAAGAAAAUGGAAUUAAAUUGGUUAUUUUGUUAUGUGGCUAUAACAUAUUUAUGUUAUCAGGCGACAAAUGCUGAAAUUAUUAACAAGAAUGUGGAACGAGUUUUGGAUUUGUCAUCACAACUCGUGAAGACAACAUAUAAAAUAACAGCUGAGGAGACAACCGGCAAACCCAUCAAGGAAUAUGUGUUUAUUGUAACCGAGCCAAAUAUGUCAUUUAUUUCGGCUAAGGAUGGUUUAAAUAAGAAAGUGGAAAUCCAACAGAUAAAAGAAAGUGGAAGCAAUCAGAAUUCUUACAAGCUGACUUUUAGCGCUGCUUCAUCCAAGCAAAGUGUCGUCAUAGAGACAGUCUCCACCAAAAAUAUACUGCCACAUCCAUCAGAAAUUAAACAAAAUGAUAAGCAAUUGGUGAAAUAUGUUGGAAAGAUUCAUCUUUACUCAAAGUAUCCAACAACUACACAGAAAACCAACGUAAUUCUCAGUUCAUCCAAUAUAUUGUCGCACACUCUGGCAAAACCGUUUGCCGUAUCAUCCAAUAAGAUAAGUUUUGGACCAUUUGAGAAUAUUCCAGCACAAUCCGAAGAGGAGCUUGUUCUGCACUAUGAGAAUCAGUCGCCCUUCCUGACCGUUAAUACCCUGGAACGCACAAUUGAAGUGUCGCAUUGGGGCAACAUAGCCGUUAAGGAGGCCAUUCAAAUGACGCACUCUGGUGCUAAGCUCAAAGGAUCAUUUUCUCGCUACGAUUUCCAAAAGGAUGGUCGCUCCGGACAGUCGGCUGUCAAGUCGUAUAAAACCUAUUUACCAGCAGCCGCUAAUGGUGUCUAUUAUCGUGACACUAAUGGUAACAUUUCCACAUCCAAUAUGCAUUCAAUGCGCGACUUUGUUGAUCUCGAAUUACGUCCGAGAUUCCCAUUAUUUGGUGGCUGGAAAACGCAAUAUACUCUCGGUUACAAUGUUCCCUCGUACGAGUAUCUAUUCAGCUCGGGCAACAAAUACGUUUUAAAGAUGCAUCUGAUUGAUCACAUUCACGAUAAUAUGUUGAUCGAUGAGGCCGUCAUCAACAUCAUUUUACCAGAGGGCUCUACAAAUAUUGAGCUAGUAACUCCAUAUAGCGUUAAGCGUCAUCAAAAUGAUUUAAUGUAUACUUAUCUGGAUACUGUCGGACGUCCCGUUAUCUCCUUCUCAAAACAGAAUUUGGUGGAGAAUCAUAUUUCCGACUUUACUCUGAAGUACUCAUUCUCAAAGAUGUCCUUGCUGCAGGAACCAUUGUUGGUCAUUGCUUUCAUUUAUAUUAUAUUCUUAUUCACUAUUGUCUUUCUGCGAUUGGAUCUGUCCAUAACAUCUCAUUCCCACAAAGAUUAGUGCUAUCUAUAUAUACAAAAAUAAUCUGUAAAUGUGAACUUUUCAAUUUACCGAAAAGCAAAUAAAAACGCAGUUUAAUAAUA